AUGGAUUUUAUUCCACAGUCUAUCGCUUCCAACCAGAGCUUCUCUCCUCUGAUGCGAUUCUUCCACGACAUGGAUAAGUACUCUCGCCAGCUGACCCACCACCACCAACGACGUGAUGACGGUGGAAGCCAUGGCAGUAGAGCCUUCUUUCCCAAUUUUGAUGUCCGUGAACUUGAAAACAGAUUUGAGCUCUACGGGGAGCUACCUGGAGCGGAAAGAAACGACAUGAAAAUCGAGUUCACAGGGCCCCGGACUUUGGAAAUCAGCGGCACCGUCAAGCCUUGCUACGAUUCUUCUCGUCGCGAAUCGGCAAACAACACUGUCGCCAAAUGGGACAAUACCCAAGCGGCUGGGGAGACACAAGCACAGCUGGAUGAGGAACAUGCGGUGGAACAUGAGCAUCAGCCGAGGCGCAAGCCGCGCCACAGGGACACGGAAGACCAUGACGUGAAAUACUGGGCGUCGGAACGAAGCCUGGGCGGCUUCUAUCGCUCAUUUACUUUUCCGAAACAGAUCCAACAGGAUGGUGUUACAGCCACGCUUGAUAGUGGUGUUCUUGCAGUGACUGUGCCAAAAGCGGCCGAGGCAAGGACUGAGAGGCGCGUUAUCCAAGUGGCAUAG